GCCGUAGCCACAGUCUCCUCGGGCGUCCGCAGCCGGGAACCCGGGUGUCCGGGAUCCUGGGCCGCGGUCCAUGAUGUCGGAGAAGGCAGCUGGGCAGAGCGGAGUCUCCCCGCAGGCCGGCGGGGCGACGGUCAGCGACAUCCAGGAGCUAAUACGGCGCAAGGAGGAGAUCGAGGCGCAGAUCAAGGCCAAUUAUGACGUGCUGGAGAGCCAAAAAGGCAUUGGGAUGAAUGAGCCACUGGUGGACUGCGAGGGCUACCCCCGGUCAGACGUGGACCUGUACCAAGUCCGAACUGCAAGGCACAACAUCAUCUGCUUGCAGAAUGAUCACAAGGCGGUGAUGAAGCAGGUGGAGGAGGCCCUGCAUCAGCUGCACGCUCGCGACAAGGAAAAGCAGGCCCGGGACAUGGCCGAGGCCCAAGAAGAGGCCGUGAACAGUGGCCUGGGCCAAAGCGAGGGCCCCAGCCCCCUUCGGGCCUUUGCCAAAGUGAACAGCAUCGGCCCCGGCUCCCCUGCCAGCAUCGCAGGUCUGCAAGUGGAUGAUGAGAUUGUGGAGUUUGGCUCUGUAAACACCCAAAACUUCCAGUCACUACAGAACAUUGGCAGUGUGGUGCAGCACAGUGAGGGGAAGCCCCUGAAUGUGACAGUGAUGCGCAGAGGAGAGAAACACCAACUUAGACUUGUCCCCACACGCUGGGCAGGAAAAGGGCUGCUUGGCUGCAACAUUAUUCCUUUGCAAAGAUGACUGUCCCUGGGGAACAGUAACCGAAAAGCAUCUUCCCUUGCCCCAGACUUGGGUCUGGUGGGGAUUUCCUCCUUCCCUUCUCUCCCUGAAGCUUAAGGAUCUGGAAGAGGGUGGAAGCCUGAACUUCUAGGUGGUGGACACCCUGUGGCCUCCCAAUGUAAUCUCUCGGGAUUAAGGCAUUGUUAAAAACUUGAUUGUCGCUUAACAUCUUUUGCAAAUUAGACCAUAGCCCUAAAUGGGAAUCCUCGGGCCUAAAUGCGGGCACAUGGGCUGGAGGUAUUCUGGCAGGUGCUGAUAUGACUUUAUUCUUUUAGGAAUUUUUUUUUCCCAAAUAAACACAGUUUUAAAGUGCU